AUGGAACAACAACAAUUGUUUUAUAGUAUAUUAUCACUUUUGGUUUCAGUUUUGAUAAGUUCAUUCACAGUCUAUCCUAUAGAGUUAUGGCGACUACGUAGACAGAUCUACCCGAUACUUAAACGAUAUCAUUCGUACCUGUGGAGAUUACAGUCGGCGACGGUCGUAGACAAACGUCGGCGUGUCGUAGAGGAAUGCUUUAUCGAUGAGUUUGGUUGGUCGAUAUUCGCUCGGGGUUUCCUAGUGGAGCUGCUCUCUAAUGUUGCAUUGGUAUCGGUGGUCUACAUACUGCUCGGCACCGACUUUAUCUUUAGUUCGAUCGAGAGUCGCCAACGUUACGAAUACAACGUUCAACUAUCGCUAUUCAACAUCAAGCUCCUACUUGCCAUAGUAAUCAUCGCCAUCUCAUCUACCUACAUAGAUUUUCAUUCACAACAACUAAAGAUUGUAUAUCAAUUAAAUGAACAACAACAAUAUAAUAAUAAGAAUUAUUAUCAUCAUAACAACGACAACAACAACAAUACUAGUAAUAUUAUUAACAAGAAAGGUAAUGAUCAUCUUAAACAAUCGAAUAUAAUAUAUCGUGUCAAUCUCUAUGAAAAAUCAAUUGAAGAGGUAUAUGGAACAGUGAUACCGCCAUCGUUGUAUAGAAGCUAUCCAGCACUUACGACACCGGUGUUGCAAAAGUAUCUGCUGCAAGCACUGAGCAAUGUUUGUUUCUACUUGUUGUAUGCCAGUGUCUAUUGUCUGUUGUUUAACUAUCAGCAGCGCCAGUAUACCAAUCAUGCGAUGAUCUACAGCAGCGGUAGUGUUUCCGAUCGUAAGCAAUUCCUAGUUUUAUCGAUCACCUCUGCUACCCGUUACACUGGCAUCUACGGUAGCAGUGCUAUUCACACAACGAUUGGUUCUCCUACAGACACAGAUACAAGCAUUCACAUUUGCAUUCAAUCAACUACAGCUAACAAUCAUCGACAGAGUAUCGAGUUUCGACGAGAACACACUCCUCUCAUUCCCCAACAAACUGAUCAAACUCUACCGAAAGAGUACCUACGAAGAUAUUUAUAA